AUGUGUUCUCGCAGGCGGUAGUGAAUGUCAAUGAUCCAGCAGCAGCAGCAAAGAGAGAGAGUGUGUGAGUGAGUGAGUGUGUGAGAGCGACUCUCUCAGCAUCAUCAUGGCGGAGCAGAGCGACUCCCCGGCGGCCGUCCAAACCCCGCAGCCCUCGCUCAGCACCAGCUGGCCCAUCGUGAAGGAGGCGUACGAGCUCCAGGAGGUCAUCGGUAGCGGAGCCACAGCAGUCGUCCAGGCAGCUCUUUGUAACCCACGACAGGAGCGUGUGGCCAUCAAGAGAAUCAACCUGGAGAAAUGCCAGACCAGCAUGGAUGAGCUGUUGAAAGAGAUCCAAGCCAUGAGCCAGUGUAACCAUCCAAACGUGGUCACAUACUACACUUCAUUCGUUGUGAAAGAUGAACUUUGGCUCGUCAUGAAACUCCUGAGUGGAGGAUCAGUGUUAGACAUCAUUAAGCACACGUUUAUCAAAGGAGAGCAUAAAAACGGCGUCCUAGAUGAAUCCACAAUAGCAACCAUUUUGAAGGAAGUACUGGAGGGAUUAGAUUAUCUCCACAAAAACGGGCAGAUUCACAGGGACGUGAAGGCUGGUAAUAUUCUACUGGGAGAAGAUGGAUCGGUGCAGAUCGCAGAUUUCGGCGUGAGUGCUUUUCUGGCCACCGGUGGAGACGUCACUAGACACAAAGUGAGGAAGACGUUUGUGGGGACCCCAUGCUGGAUGGCCCCGGAGGUGAUGGAGCAGGUACGGGGUUACGACUUCAAAGCUGACAUUUGGAGUUUCGGAAUCACUGCCAUUGAACUUGCAACAGGAUCUGCGCCGUAUCAUCGGUACCCCCCUAUGAAGGUUUUAAUGCUCACGCUGCAGAACGAUCCUCCAACCCUGGAGACUGGGGUUGAGGACAAAGAGAUGCUUAAGAAGUAUGGGAAAUCUUUUAGAAAACUUAUAUCCUUGUGCCUUCAGAAGGACCCUGCAAAGAGGCCCACUGCAGCCGAGCUUUUGAAAUGUAAAUUUUUCCAAAAGGCUAAGAAUCGAGAGUACUUGAAUGAAAAGCUACUUACUAAAGGACCAAAUAUAAGCCAAAGAGCCAAAAAGGAUCCAGAGCCGAGGAAGCAGAACACAGAGCAGGAUUCUGGGAGACGGGUCAGAAGGGUCCCGGGGUCGAGCGGUCACCUGCACAAGACCGAGGAUGGAGACUGGGAAUGGAGUGAUGACGAAAUGGACGAGAGAAGUGAAGAGGGGAAGGCUGCUGUCAAUCAUGGAAGGUCACGCAGGGUCAAAGAGGAAAACCAGCAUGGAGAAGUGAAUGCUAACAGUCUCCCGCUAGAGGACCUGUCCAUUCAGCAUCCCCAGGUUCAACCAUUGGAUAAAGCCUGGAGUGGUGAGGGAGCGGUCAACAUGGUCCUGAGGUUAAGGAACUCAAGGAAGGAGCUGAAUGACAUACGGUUUGAAUUCACUCCAGGGCAAGACACUGCUGAUGGAGUUUCUCAGGAGCUCUUUUCUGCUGGUCUGGUCAAUGGUCAUGAUGUUGUAGUGGUGGCUGCUAACCUUCAGAAGAUUGUAGACGACCCAGUUACCUAUAAAGUGUUGACCUUUAAGCUGGCGUCUGGUUGCGACAGCACAGAGAUCCCAGAUGAGGUGAAGUUGAUUGGCUUUGCCCAGCUGAGCAUCACCUGAAAGCAUCUCAUUCCCACAGCAGAGAGGGAGUCUGGGGGACGAGACUGAACGCUGCAGGAGACGACGGGACGGGGGUUCACUACCACACCGCUGCAAACACACACUUCCUGUUCCUGUUCCUCCCCAUUCACCUGCCCUCGCCUUCGAAUGUUUGCACUCGUUCAAUCAAACGCAGCGCUCUUAUUCAAACACACGUCCUCUUUCCCUGAAGCUGUAUGUCAAAUGUCUUUCAGCAAAACAUUCCAGCACCCAUUUCCCAGAAUUCAGAGCAGGAGCCCAUCAUCUCAGGAGGCAAUGGCUAGUAAAACAAAAAAGAAAGUUUUAUUUUAUGAUUGUGUUGCCUAUGCGUUCAGCAGAGCUCUUACCGUAUUAUUAUUAUGAAUAAUAAUUUAUUUUUUUGUAUUAUUCUUUUCUAUUUCCCGUCCGUUGAAGAGUAGCUUACCUGAUGCGUAGAUUGUAGACCACAAAACUGAAGUGGAGACGUCUCCCUCUGAAUGUAAAAAGCACAUUUUCAUUUUAGCACAUUUUAACUGUAUUGUACAUAGAGACCUUCUGAUGUCCAAUGAAAAAUGAGGGAAUAUUUCUUUUUUUCUUUCUUUCUUUUUCCAGAGGACUGAACCGAAUGCUGCCAUGUGCAAACGUGCUGCUUUAUUUUUUCGGGACAGUGUUGAUGCUUCAAUGCUUGAGGUGCCUUGUUUUUUUGUUUUGUUAUUGAAUCCGUGCCUAAGAGAUGUAGGUAACACGCUUGAAGCUGUUCUACUGACACUGAACAUGAAGGACGCCGGUUCUUCGAUAGUAUUUUCACUGGUCGGUGGCUCGCAUUGAAGUUAGCAGCUGAUGCACUUUGAUUUCACCUUUGGCGCUUUGACUCGACGCAACUAUCCAGAUUUAACCCGUUAAAGCUUUGUCGUGUGACAAACAAGGUCAUCGCUACCACUACACACACUUAAUCCUGAUGUGUUGUAUUUACAAAAAGGCCGUCGAUGGUUAUGCGUCAUUUUUACAGCACUAGAAUGUGUUAGUUUUUGAACCCAGAAUGCACCUGUCUAAGUAUUUUGUAAAGGAAACCAAAUGUCUACUACUGAAUGACAGAAAAGCCAUCUGUGUGUCCAAAACGAGUAUAGUAGCUUGAAUUAAAUUAUUUUGUUCUCAGCCCAAAUGUAAAUAAGGUUAACUAAAUACUUUAUUAUUGUUAUGACGUUGAUUUGUGUUUUCUAUAUACCAUGCGUGUACUCACCCUAACUAUUCAGCCCAUGUUCCCUUUCUGUAAUCAGCAAAGAAUAUACAAUUUCUGCGAAGGUACAACAAAUAAAGAAAGAAUUGCUACUAUUAAA